GCAUCUAACAUACAUAGUAGUAAUCAAAAACCAUUGGCGCCAUCUAACUGCAACCGAGAGCAGCAGCAGCAGCAGCUAGCUGCGAAUUUGCGAUGGCCUCUUCCUCUGCUCUGAAGCUGGCCGCCGCCUGCACGCUGCUCCUGUGCGUCGGGUCGGACCUGGCGCGGCCGGCCCUCGCGUCGGCGCCACCGCCGUCGCGUGAUGAUGACCACCAGGAGCGGGCCGCGGCCGGCGAGCGGCUGGUGCGGGAGCACGUGGAGCACGGUCUCGCCGAGGAGCUGGGCCUCCUGAUGGGGCGGCAGCGCCGCGGCGGCGGCGGCGAUGUGGGCGACAUCUGCCCGGCGGCGUGCCAGACCUGCCUGAUCACGUGCGCGGUCACGUGCGUGCUCAGCAAGGUGCCCAUCGCCUGCUUCGCCAACUGCGCCGUGUCGAGCUCCUGCUUCGGCAAGUCUGUCGCACCGUCACACACUGCGCACGCUUGAGCCCCGGAGCCAUCUUUGGGUGUCACCAAUCCGAGCUCUAUGUUUAUUGGCGCGACGUCUGAGAUGUUGCAGUGUGUGUAUGUGUGCGCGCGCGCGCUGUCUGCAUGUAUGUGUUGUUCCAAGUCGCGAACCGUGGCACAAGCACGGCACUCACUGAUGGUCGAUGGAUCACAGAUAUCUCUGAUGGCCUGACUGUUCCGCAAAAAGUGUUCUUUUAGAUUGUACUAAAUUAAGUUCAUCUAAUUAAAGAAAUAUCAAAUAAUAAGAUUGUAUAGAGAAAAGUAUGGAACCAACCAAAUAUUUAAGUAGAUAUUAAUUUUCUGUUUUCAAUGUGUUUGGAUUUAUUGAGGAUAUAGGGAACCAAAUAAAUACCGUGGUUUUCAAUCACAACUGCUAUAGAGCAUUUUCCACUACUAGUAAUUUGUCUAGAAUUUUCUAGAGAAACAUUUAUUUUAGAAUGGAGGGAGUAGGGUGUAUGAAAUGAAAUGUUAUUAUGAUGUACUAUAAAUGUGUUGUGUCCUCGUUGGGAAAAAUAUCUGCAGUCAUGCUGCUGCUAA